AUGGCAGGUAAGAGAGCCUUAGUAAUCCUGUCAAAGGGUGCGGAGGAGAUGGAGACAGUUAUCCCGGUGGACAUCAUGCGACGAGCUGGGAUUGCAGUGACAGUGGCGGGGCUGACGGGUAAAGAACCAGUGCAGUGCAGCAGAAAUGUCAUGAUCUGUCCCGAUGCCAGCUUGGAGGAUGCCAGAAAACAGGGCCCCUAUGAUGUGGUCCUACUUCCUGGAGGAAUGCCAGGAGCACAGAACCUGGCAGAGUCUCCUGCUGUGAGCGAGGUGCUGAAGGACCAAGAUGGCAGGAAAGGCCUUAUUGCGGCCAUCUGUGCAGGUCCUACAGCUCUUCUGGCACAUGGCAUCGGCUACGGCAGCACUGUGACCACACAUCCGGCUAUGAAGGACAAGAUGAUGGCUGGAGAUCGCUAUAAAUAUUCUGAAGCUCGAGUGCAGAAGGAUGGCCAUUACAUCACCAGCCGUGGGCCCGGAACCAGUUUUGAAUUUGCCCUGACGAUCGUAGAGGAGCUUCUGGGGGCUGAGGUUGCCGCUCAAGUCAAGGCUCCCCUCAUGAUGAAAGAGUGA